AUGGUCUUUGGCUCUCCGGAGAGCGAAAGCUCGCAGGUGGAAGAAAGUUUCCUACGGACCCUGCUGCCCGACGCACCAGAAGCAUAUCUCCAGCAUCUCUACAACAACAACAACAACAACAACAACAACAACAGGCGACGGCACAAACAGACGCACCCAUGCCGCAACUGCCUCGACCUCUUCCACAGGACGGAUGAUUGCCAACACCCCUGCGGCCACUGCGGCCAGGACUGGCACGCGGUCACCGCCUGCACGAGCUCCAAGCGCAACCGCUGCCGCUGCCGCCCGUUCCCGCAGAGGCACCUUGCCAAGAGGUGCCCCGUCAUGUGCAACCCGGGCGAGUGUCCCGCCCCGCACUCCGGCCCCCUCGUCACUGCUAUGAUGUGCAAGUCCCGCUGCUGCAUGUGCGGCAUCCCCGGCCACGCCGGCCGCGACUGCCAUCUCAAGACGUGCCGCUGCGGCCACCAGCACCUGACCAUCGGUCACAUGCCCAUGGACCGCCAGUGCGCCGUCUUCGACUGCCCGCGCUUCUUCUGCACAAGGCACUGCCAGGCCUGCCGCACCGAGAUGGACAAGGCCGCCAAGGGUGACGAGGACGUCUGCACGCGGUGCCACGCGAAACGCCAGCGCGUCUUCCCCCCGUUGAAGCCGCCAGUAUACCCCAACGGCGAGCUGAACUACGAGUACCUGGAGGCGGCCAUGGCAUGGGGUAACAGCAUACAUGGCGAGGCCAUUUUCGGCAAAAACGUCGCGUUCAAUCCGUAG